UCACCUCAACACUUGACCUGCAACAACUCUGGCAUUGCAGGUACGAUCAUUUGGCCAGAAGCAGUCAAUUGGACGACGUUUGUGUUAAACAAAUGUCCUACAAGUGUAGUGAAAGACAUGACACCUCAGGAGGCUUGGAGCGGAGAAACAUUUUGUGGAAUUCUUUAGAGUCUUCGGGUGUAUUGCUUUCAUCCAUGUUCCAAAUUGGAGGAUAGAAGUGCACUCUGCGUCCUACUUAGAGUGAGUGAAGUGUCAAAGGCCUACAGAUUCUACAAUCCUAUCACCAAAAAGAUAGUUAUUAGCAGAGAUAUAGUGUUCGAAGAAAAAAGAGAGUGAGACUGCGAUACAAGCUAUGAGCAGCAAGUGUCAAUGGAGUUGGAGUGGGGAGAAGAUCAAAGUAUCGCCGACGAGAUAGAAGAUAAAGCAUCAGACGGUGAUGAUGAGUUCGAAGAUCAAGAAGCUGGAAAUUCAGGAGGAGGUACUUUGAACUCAAGUGAGGAAGAAGAAAAUGUAGAUAAUUCGACUAUGGGUUAUGAGACACCAGAAGCAAGGGAGGCAAGAGAAAGAGGACCACCAGCUUGGAUGAGUGAUUAUACACCAGGUUCUGGACUUUCUAGUUCGGGAAUUUCAGACUUGGCGUUGCAAGCUAAUAUGGCACUUGUGAUGUCUGAUGAUCCUACAAACUUCGAGGAUGCAGUAGGAAGUGAGAAGUGGAGAAAGGCCAUGGAUGCAGAAAUUGAGUCCAUUGAGAAGAACACAUGGAAACUGGUUAAGCUGCCUCUAGGAGCUAAAAGAAUAUGAGUAAAAUGGAUUUUCAAAACUAAAUACAAUGAGGCAGGGGAGAUUGACAAGUACAAGGCUCGGUUGGUAGCAAAAGGCUACUCACAGAGGCAAGGAGUGGAUUUUACAGAAGUUUAUGCUCCAGUGGCUUGAAUGAAUACAAUUAGAGUGAUGCACAGAGAGGCUGGAUUAUGUAUCAACCCGACGUCAAAUCAGCAUUUCUGCAUGGUGAAUUAAUUGAAGAUGUCUGUGUCGAGCAACCUUUGGGGUAUGAGAAGAGGAUAAAGUUUACAAGCUACAAAAAGCGCUGUAUGGAUUAAAGCAAGCACCUCGUGCUUGGUUUAG